CUGUUUCCUUUCCUUUUUGCAUUCCCACCCACCCAUCCCCUCAAAAUUCGCAGCGUGUCUCUUCCUCCAUCGCAGCGUGUCUCGUGCUCCCCCCAGGCUCCUCUUCCUCGCUUUCCCUCCACCCCGGGCGCAAACCCUAACCCUACCGUCGCUCGCCCCGCGGCGUCUGCCAAUGGCGCGCCCCGUGUGAGUGUGCGCGAGAGAGGGGUAGACCUUGAGGCCGCUACCCGGGGAGGAGAGCGAGAGAUGUAUAAACAGGGGGGAGCGGGGGGAGGGGCUGGGCUGGACCGGAAGCGGAUCAACGACGCGCUGGAUAAGCAUCUCGAGAAGGCGGUCGCGUCGCCGUCCACGUCGAGGGGGUCGGCGGGCGGCGGGCGCGACCACCACCGCCUCGUCGUGCCGUCCUCCGUGUCGUCCAUCCCCAAGGGCCGCUGCUCCGAAGGGGAGUCUGAUUCUGAUAGUGAAGCAUCGGAUGUUAGCGGCUCUGAUGGAGAAGACACCUCAUGGAUUUCAUGGUAUUGCAACUUAAGAGGGAAUGAGUUCUUCUGUGAAGUCGACGAUGAUUAUAUUCAAGACGACUUCAACCUUUGUGGUCUCAGCAGCCAAGUUCCUUAUUAUGAUUAUGCUCUCGAUCUCAUUUUAGAUAUCGAGUCAUCUCAUGGUGAUAUGUUCACUGAGGAACAAAAUGAGCUCGUAGAAUCAGCUGCAGAGAUGCUUUAUGGUCUGAUACAUGCACGAUACAUUCUGACCAGUAAAGGACUGGCUGCAAUGCUGGAGAAGUAUAAGAACUAUGACUUUGGGCGGUGCCCGCGUGUUUACUGCUGUGGUCAACCAUGCCUGCCAGUUGGACAAUCAGACAUCCAUCGAUCUAGUACCGUGAAGAUAUACUGCCCCAAGUGUGAAGACAUCUACUACCCACGGUCCAAGUACCAAGACAUCGACGGCGCAUACUUUGGGACAACGUUCCCUCAUCUGUUCCUGAUGACAUACGAGCACCUCAAGCCACAGAAGCUCUCGCAGCGCUAUGUUCCUCGUGUCUUUGGCUUCAAGCUCCACAAGCCAUGAACCUCAUGUAUUUGUCUUUUAAACUCCUCAAGACGUGGCACUGGGGGCAUGCGGGAGUUUUGCAAUCCUUGAAGACUUGCAUAUAAGAGCGCCAUUGGCAGGUCAGUGGAUUGGUAAAAUUCUAUCAUGCUGCAGCGUGCUUGUACCUUAGCUGGCUGGCACCUAUCCAACAUUUGAAUGUAGCUCUAAGGAUAUCAAUGUUGUAACCUAACUGCUAUUGUUCUUUGAUUAGUAAACCAGGAGCCCCCCCUACAAUGUAGAAUAUGGCAAUUAUUUAUGGCUUUGCAGAAAAUAACAACCCUUCAUCUGCUUGGUUCUCGUAAGAUGGCCCUUUAAUUUUGUAGUUUGCGAACUUCUAUUUUGAAAUGUGAUUUGCGAAGGGUGCGUCA